UAUAACUCCCACUGAUGCGAUCAGGUUUUAAGAUUAUUAUAAUACCUGGUUUUGAAAUGCCCCAAAGUUUGUUUUCAGAGAGUAAAUUAAAAACCCAGCUUCUUGCCGCAGAGAGCAUACCAUUUAAUUAUCUGAUGAGAUGGUGUAGAUGAGUUAUUGUCACCCAGUGGGUUUUGAGUUUGACCCCCUAGACUAGGUCACAAGGCAUUGCAAUUUUAUCACUAUCUAAGGCGAAGAACUUCACUUCCCAUUCUCCACACACCUUUAUAGGUUGUUUUUUCAUGUCAACCUCUUGAAACCCACACUAUAGACAUGUUAUCAUUGGUAGUUUUUGUUAUAGUAAAUUUAAAGGGGCUGCAAAGAUUUUUUUACUUUGAAGAAGGGAUUGCCAACCUGAAAGGAUGAAAAUCACUGGAUUAGGGGAUUUGCAUUGAGAGAGACCCAUUCAGAACCCACUGAAUAAUGGAAAAACUUCAUGAGUAAGUUUUGAUUCAGACUGUAAAUAUGUGAACCUUAAGAACAAGAUAGACCUCUUUGUCUUAAUCAUAUUCAUUUCCCUCUGCAUCAGAGGGCUGUUCAUUUCAAUAUGAAUUUUCUUUGGUUUGUAGACAGACUUGGAAGAAGAAAGACUAAAGCAAAAAAUAGCUGGAAGGAGAACAGAAGAAAAAUUACGCAUCUACUGUCUAAGAAUAUUUGUAAAUAUCAUUGUUCUUGCAGUUUUGUCAGGAUUCUUUUACUCUAUCUACUGUGCAACCAAGUACUCACAAGAAAAUAUUUGCACUGACAGUAACACAUGUGAUGGUAAUCUCUUGGUGCAAUACUUGCCUUCUAUCGUGAUCACCCUGGUCAACUUUAUUGCUCCUCUGUUUUUUUCAAAUCUAAUCAGAUUUGAAGAGUAUUCACCAGCCUUUGAGAUCAGAUUUACACUGAUGCGGUGUGUCUUUGUGCGGCUGGCCAACAUUGGUGUUCUCUUGUUUUCCCUGGGGACUCAAAUCUUAACCUGUGCUGACAAGUGUAAGGCAUGUGGAUACAAUCAUGAGCUCUACCCAUGCUGGGAAUCCCGAGUUGGACAGGAGAUGUAUAAGCUGAUGAUUUUUGAUUUCAUAAUCAUUUUUGCUGAGACAGUGUUUGUUCAUUUUCCUAGAAAGUUGCUAGUUACCUAUUGUUCUUGGAAAGUGAUUAAGUGGUGCGGGCUACAGGAAUUUGCAAUUCCUGAGAAUGUACUGGAAAUUGUGUAUGGGCAAACAAUCUGCUGGAUUGGUGCCUUUUAUUCACCACUUCUUCCUGCCAUAGCAACUAUAAAGUAUUUUAUCGUCUUUUACAUAAAAAAGAUAAGUUUAAUGCAUACAUGUAGACCUUCAUCGAGACCCUUCAGAGCAUCAAGCUCUAAUUUCUUCUUCCUGGUGGUGCUGCUGAUUGGACUUGUAUUGGCUUUCAUUCCUCUGGGACUCAGCAUGACACACAUCAACUCCUCUAAAGCUUGCGGGCCAUUCAUUAACUUUAAUCGUAUAUGGGAUGUUGUUCCACAUACAAUAGAUGGAUUUCCAGUAGCUCUGCGGAAGGUUCUUUAUGGCAUAGCUUCAGAAGCGUUCGCAGUGCCUUUCUUUAUGGUUACCUGCCUCAUUAUGUUCUAUUUCAUUGCCUUGGCUGGAGCACAUAAACGGGUUAUCGUUCAGCUCAGGGAACAAUUGAUUAUGGAGAGUCGUGACAAACUCUUCUUAAUCAGGAAGCUGACAGAAGCUCAGACGCAUAGUUGAAAAACCUCCAAAAGCAAAUUGUAUGUGAGAUGGGCUUUGAGUCUGAAACUUUACAGAACCACUAGAGACUGCAGACACAAACAUAACAAUCUGUAGCUUACAAGCUGAAUCACUAACUAGGGCCUUGAUCUGUCAAACCAUUUUCUGCAUGCUUAACUUUAAGAACACAGAUAAUCUUAAAUCUUCAAGGGGACUACUUGUGCUUAAAGCUAAGAAUAUGUGCAAUUGUUCUCAGGAUUGGGACCAUAAUGUGUCUAUUAUAUUAAUUCUGUAUAGAAACUCACUGAUAGGACUAUUUAUGCUGCUAGAGUUUAAGAUUGUCAUUGUUUACAUUAGACCCCUAUUUUUCAGGGAGUUCUACACUGCUGUAAAAAUGUGCUCUGAGCUGAAACUUUUCUCAGGAAGUGUGCUCUGAGCUGAAACUUUGCUCAGGAAGGAUCUUAAGCCAGAAACCAUGUGAAAUACCAGUUCUUCUGUUUAUAAAUUAUGCUGUAGGAGUAGGGAGCUGGGGGAAAAAUAGGAAUUGCUAGUUGUACACUUCUUUAACUAAGUUCUUUUAAAACUGAAGUGUUGGAGGCAUCUAAAUUUCUAUUCUGAACUAGCACAUUCGUGGGGAACAAAUAAAAUCUAUAUUCAUUUAAGUCGAUUUUUCUAAAUAUUUUUAGUAUGUUGACUUAGAACUUUUGCUUUGAAACCACUAUUAUGGUCAGUCUUGUGUAUGAUCUGCUGGAAAUUUGGUACUAAAUGUUUCAGAAGCAAAAUACAAAGAGAGAAUCUUGAGCAAACACUGGAAAAAAAGCCACUUGGGGUUAGAUCCUCAGUUGGUGUACAAAUUAGUGUAAUGAAACUGAAAUAAAAUGAGUCAAACUAAUUUAUACUAGCUGGGGAUCUAGCCCUUAUUUUAUGCCUGUAAUGUCCUAUUACUCAAACAAAAUGUCCUAUUUUGUUCUGAACAAGUUUAGAAUGUUGUUGUGCCUUUCUUGAUGAAUACUCAGGUGUACAUAUUUCAAAGCAUAUUAAUUGCAAUUUUGAAAUGCAGCAUUUGGAAACUUUUAUAUUUGUAUAUGCCAGUACCUCUUAAAUGAACUAUUUGUUCAAAUAUACAUGGAAUUCUAUUUCUAUAAGAAUAGUUUACAAAUAUUCUACCAGAUUUUCUGGUGGAAGAUUGUACUUCCAUUAUUUAGAGUUUCUGUAGUGUGUUGUAUGUAUGCGUAUGUUACUUGCACUCUGCAGAGGCUACGCCUGGACAUAGUAGUAAUAAAGUAUUUAUGCAAGCCUCUGGUAUAUUGUUAGUUUAUAACAGAGAUUCUGUAUCUUUAUGAAUGUUUAGUUUAAUUUUUUUUUAAAGUGCAUUAAACAACUCUGAAUUUUA